AUGGCGACGGAUGAUUUCAUCAGUAACCUUCCCGACGAAGUUUUGGCUACGAUUAUAUCAGGCUUACCAGCCAUUGAAGCAAUAAGAACAACUAUUUUAUCAAAACGAUUGAAGGACGUAUGGAGGAAUGUUUCCCGUUUAGAUUUCGAUCCAAAAGGAGUGAAGAAAUUAUUUCCUGCUCCAAAUCGACGCAGAUCUACGGUGCCAGUAAUACAGUUUGGAUCCAAUGUUUGCCAUGACGAGGGUGAUGAUAUUGAUGAUACUGAUCCGAGGGAAGAGAUUUCCCGAGUUGUUAAGAAUAUCGAUAAUGUAUUGUUAUCUCAUGAACGUAACUUGAUUAGUUGCAGAAUCGUUCAUCUCUCAAAUAGUUACAGAAGCGGUGAUGUUGAGAAGUGGAUCAAAUAUCUUACAUCCGAGAAGAAAGUGCAAGAAUUGGCUUUCCUUUGCGAUGAUUUUCAGCAUGAGUUUUAUCCAGUAAGCCUUUUUGGAUGGGGUCUGAAUUUACCGUCUGGGAUUUUUUCAUGUAGAACUCUGCAAUCGCUUGAGUUCACAAAUUACGGUAUCCGAUUCCAUCGCCCUUUUCACCAUUGCCAUAACCUCAAAACCUUGAAACUCUAUUACUGUGAUAUUAGCAGUGAAACCCUUGAAGCAAUCGUUUCUAGCUGUGAUUUUAUGGAACACCUGAGCGUUUGUUCUUCCACCUCCAGUUUAAAACAGGUUCGGAUCUUUAGCCAAACGGUUAAGACUGUGGAGCUGGAAUCAUUGGAUUUGGAGGGGAUUUAUUUAUCUACCCAAUCUCUUGGUGCUUUGGUGCUUCAUUCUAUGAAAUUUCCAGCCAAAAGUUUGGUUAUCCAUGCUCCAAAUCUUAGGGUUUUACUGCAACUCGCAAGCCCAUAA